AUGUAUUGUUAUUUGAGAACAGAAUCAAUCGAUCCUAAACUUCAAAACAACUCCUUUGAAUCAAUCAUACAAGGAGUCAAAUCUGAAGUUUAUCCAUUGAAAGAAUAUAUUACACAUGAUAAUAAUCAUUUUUUCAAUAGUGAUAAAAUGCAAACAUUUGAAAAUACUCAAAAUUCCCAAGGUAAUCAAAUAAUCAACUCAAAACUAUUAGUUCAGAGUUCUUUAACAACAUCUACUAUAGGAGAUGUUCAAGAUUCUGUUCUAGGUUGUAUAUCUAAUUGUAAUAGUGAAAAUUUACAAGUUAAACAACAGUCGAAAUGCUAUAACUAUUCAUCUCUAGUAAAUAAUGAUAAACUUUCCAGUAUUGAAAGUAUAUCUCGAAGAGAUGAUUCCAAGAAACGAUAUAUAACUGAAAUUACAAUUAAUUUACAAGGUGGUGAAACAUCAACAUCCUGUUCAGAUGAUUAUAUUCAAGAGGAAACUUUAUGUGUAAAAGCUGUACCAUGUAAGAUAAUUAGUAAAGAGGCAUUCAAUACAAUAUGGAAUAAUGAUUCAUAUAAACAAUCUAUUCAUGAAACUAGAAUAAAUGAUUAUGAAAAUAUUAGAUCAUUAUUGUUCAAUUGUAACUAUGAUAAAAAACAAAAUAAUGGAGAUAAUUCAUUACAGAAUGAAUGGAAUUACACAACAAUAAGUCAAAAAUUGUUUGAUUACACUGAAAUUGACUCAAAUUAUGAUUUCUUAGUGGGGAUAAAAGGUCAUGAGUCAAUAGCUUACUUGAAUAACAAUGAAGCACAGUUGUUUGUAUCAACUAAUCAAACAGUUAUUCCAAAGUACAUAUCGCCUAUCUGUUCAUCUGAAAAAAGAGAUGAAGUCAAUAGUUCAAGAAACUUGGGAGUAGAUUCUAAGUCUAAAUUAGAAAGUAGCGAUAUGAAUUCCAAUAAAAGUGAUAAUGAAAAGGUUGGGACAAGGAUUACAACACAAGCUCAAUUGUUGAAAUUUGAAAAGACAUCUUUGAAAGAUUUGAAAGACUGUUGUGAUUUUAAUAAGAAGUCUAGAGGUACACAGUCAGAAUUACUUGAAGAAAUAAAGGUAUUCAGGGAUGUAGAGAUUCAAACAGCUUUCCAACUCCAGGAAUUAAAAUAUUUAUGUCUACUUAGCCUUUUGAAUAGAAGUUCGUUAUCACUAGAAGAUGGUAAUAAGGUAUCCGAAUUACCAUUGAUUAGUGGUUGUGAACACUGGAACACAGAAACAACGAUAUCUACUUCUACGCAAGCAUCAAUUGAAGAAAAUACUUCAAACGAUUAUGCUGUACCUGUAGUUCAUGCUCCGAUAAGUCAUGUCAUUUUGACCGAACAAAAUAUACCCAAUCCACCUGAUCUCAGGAAAUUUCCUCAAUACACCAAUAAUAAGGCAGUGAACAAUAAAAUAGGAAAUGUGAACAGCAUAUCGAAGAGUUCACUAAACCUGAAGAAUGAAUACUCAUCCUUUUUAACACAACAUGAAGAAAAUAAAAGUAGUCGUCGUGAUUUAAUUCAACAGAAUAUACCAUACUCAGAAUUAUAUACAAAACAAAUAAAUAACUUUCAACCUGUUUUACAAACAAAGUAUAAAAUUCCGAAACAGUUUACUGAAAUUUCAAAUGGUUUUAUAGAAACUCAAAAAGGUAUGGGUGAUAAUUUAGAUAAGGAGUCUGUGAAUAAGCAUGAACCGAUAAUCUAUGAGAACAUCUCUGUUGAAUUCCCUUUGUAUCAAAACUUUGCCUCUAAUAUACAUGAAAAUGAUUGCCUAACUAGAUCUGAAAUGUUACAUGCUAAUGUUGUUAAGAAUCCGUCUACUGAUUUGUUUCCUAUGGAUAAGAAUGAUGGCGAAGAUUUUAUCUCAGAUGAGUUUGAUAAAAAAACACCCAAUCUUAGUGCUUACAAGAAAAGGAGUUCUGAUCAUCAAGACAACAAUAUGACAUACUGCAACAGUCUACAUUGUGAUAAGCAUAAUUCUCUUGAUACAAUUACAGAAAGUAAAAAUUACUGUCAAUCUGACUAUCUGUCGAAACGGAAUCAUCCAAGAAUUAAUAAUGGAGUCGAAAAUAACACUUUGAACAAAGAAUAUUCAACUGAAAGUGUUUGUGAAGUACCUUGCCAGGUCAACAGUACCAUUAGUCAGAUUAAAUAUUCAAAACUUAAUUGUAAUCAUUCCAGAAGAUCUUGUUCUUACUGUUCAGUUUGUGAAAUAGUUCCAUCUACUAAUUCUAAUUACCAAGGAUCAGUUUACAAGUGUACACAAGAACGUAUAAAGAACAGAGAGGAAACAGAAGAACAAGUGAAUAAGGAUCAACUUGUUCAUGUUAAACAUGCUAGUAGAAGUAAACAAGAAACAAAUCCACAGUUUUCUUUGUAUACAUCGAAUCAUGAUACAAUUUGUAAUGGGAAAAAACCUCUGGAUUCCAAUGUAAAUCAAGAAAUUCAGCUACAUAAUACUCAACAACACAGUCUAACAACUUCCUUAAUUGAUAAUCUAUUUCAAAUGACUACUGAAAAUGAAAAACAUGAUAUAUUACACAACUGGCUACUAGAACAAGUAGCUUAUUCAACAAAUCGAAAGACGAUACCAAUGCAGAAAACUAUAUGGAAAGAUAAUGAAGACAAUAAUGAGUCAAAUUCUUUGUAUACUUGCUCAAGAAGUCAACAUAUAAAACCACCAGAUAAAGGAGACUUAGUUAUCUUGGAAGAGACAAGAGAAUAUAAAAAUUCUUUAUCGACUAGCUCAUCAUUAAUAUUAUCCUCUUUGAAAAUGUCUCAGUCUCAAGUUAAUUUGAAAGAUAUAUCAGGUGUAUCACAAAGUAAUGAACAACAAGGAAAAGAAUAA